AUGGUUUCCACUUUAGUACAAGUUCAUGCUAUAUGUAUGAUUUUAUCUUUUAUAACUUUCGGCUCUACGGGUAUUUUGAUCGCACGUUAUGCACGUUCAUUACGUUUUGGAACUCGUAGACAAUUACUUGGCAAAGCUGUUUGGUUUCAAAUACAUCGAUUUCUUCUGUCCAUAUCUUCUUUAUUAAUACUUCUAGGUUUCGUUUUUGCUUUUGCCCGUGCUGGUGGUCAAUGGGUAAAUCCCCAAACCGAAGAUUUACGUUUAUUUGCUCAUUCAAUAUUAGGUGGCAUAAUUAUAUGUUGCACUAUGAUACAAAUAUGGUUAGCAUUAUAUCGUUGCAAUCCUCAUAGUCGAUUUCGUUUUAUUUUUAAUUGGAGUCAUCGUAUCACUGGUUUAUUGGCUUUUACUCUGUCAAUUCCAACGAUAUUUCUCAUCAUAUAUCGGAUAUCAAAAUAUCGCACUGCUCUCAUUAUAAUUGUUUCACUUUGGACUAUCUGGAUAGCCGUCGUCGUUAUUAUUUUUGAAAAAAUUGAACAUAAAAAACGAGUAUCUCCGCCACCAACGACAAACAAUAUCCGACAAGAUGAUAGGAAUCAAGAGAAUAUCAAUACAAAUUCACGACCAGAUACUGAAGCAAAUGCACAAACAAAUGUUGGCAGUCAAUAUCAUAAUACAAUAAAAUUACUUUUACUUCUCAUUCAUAUUGUGAUUAGUAUUAUUCUUUCUGUUUUACUCAUUGUAUAUAUUUGCAAAUAA